AAGAUGGUCAGACACAGUGUCUCCACGCUGCUGCUUGGGUUGAUUCUCAGUGCCACUGCAGUGUGUGGUGAAGAGGACCCAGACAGCCUGUACUGCCCCGAGCGCCAGCAGGCCUUUGACGGCUCCUGCUAUGAAUUUGUGCAACUGCAGCGCACCUUCCUCAGCGCUCAGGGCUGGUGUGAGCGUGGCGGCGGACGCCUGGCCUUCGUCCAGAACGACGAGACUCAGCAGUUCCUCCAGAGGCAUCUGCAGCCAGAGCACAACUGGUGGCUCGGUCUGGCGCCUGCCUCCUUCAACGUCUCCCUGGACUCCGCUGUCACUGAGAGUCCAUUGUCCUGGCUGGAUGGCUCCGACGUGAGUUACUCUAACUGGCUUGGUGAACCAGUACCAGAUGCAGAGUGCGGCUACAUUUCAACAUCUAGGUUUCAAUGGGGGACGACCAGCAACUGCAACCUGGAGUUCUACUUCAUCUGCCAGUUUGAGCUGGGACGCUCCCUAGCCUGUGUGGGCCACAAUGCCACACUGCAGUGUGGCUCCGGGCAGGUGAUCCAGAUUGAUGACGGCUUCUAUGGCAGGAAGACACGGCACUACUGCAGGGCCAGCCGCUCACCCUCUCCCACACCCUCGGAGGAGGAGUGCAGCUGGGUGGAUGUAGCACUGUCUGUAUCAGAGCUCUGCCAUGGGCUGCAAGUAUGCCAGGCUACCACUGAUGUCACAUCCUUUGGAGAGCCUUGUCCAAGACUGGGAAGCUACCUAUUAGUGGAGUACCACUGCAAAGAUGGUCUUCAUCUAAUGGUGAACAAGCUGGCUGCUGUAUUUAAGAAUGUCACCAUGACAGUAAAGUGGCUGCUCCACCCUUUCCAAGGCAACCUAACAUGCACUCUGAGUGCUGGCGAUGGACACAUCAUUGACCCCUACAGGCCUGAAAAUUCACAGGGUAUUUUGGUGCAUAAGUAUCAGCAUGCUGGAGUGUACACUGUUACAGUGGAGUGCAGUACCAGCGACUGGCAUGUGACAGCUGAAAAAACCAUCACCAUUCAGGAGCAGCUUGGCAAAUUUGGUAUAAUAAGAUGCCACAGUGCCAACCACUCAAUGAACAUUGAGAACUGCACAGGUCUCUACCACCAACCACUGAAAAUCCAAGUAGAGCUAGAUGCAGGAACCAACAUCACCUACAAAAUCCACCAUGGGGCUACAGAACUUGUUUCCUCCUAUGCAGUCAAAGGCAUAAUUCCCCACAAUAUCACCUUAACUCCAGAUACCCUAGAGAGCCUGGGCUUAGGAUGCCAUCAACUGAUGCUCCUUGCCUCAAAUGAGGUAACAGAUACAGAUGUGUCCACUGCUCUGGAGCUGUGUUUGGUGGAGCCGGUGGAGGGUCUGGUUGUGUCUGUGGCACCAGAACAGGAGUCCUGCUUGGACUCAGUCGUAUAUGUUAACGUCUCUCUGGCUCGAGGUGCUCCAGUGGAGCUGCUGGUCCUUUUGUCUGCUGCCAAUGAUAGUUUCUCUGAGACCCAUCGGAUGCGCAAUGACAGUUUGCAGAUCAGUGUCUCCAGCAAAAUAAAAGGCACAUUAAGGGUAGUAGUCAAGGCGUGGAAUCUUUUCUCAGUAAUGGAAGUGGAUGCUGGAAGCACAACAGUGGACUGCCAAGAAGACCCCACAACUGAAGAGCAUGCAAGAGUCCCAAGAGACAGUAACCUGGUGAUCACGUCAAACCCAGAGAACCCGAUCAUUGGUACAGGCAGUGUCAUCCUGGGAGUGGAGGGACUAAAUGGAAAUGCUAGUCUUUAUACAUUUUCCUGGAGCUGCAAUGGAACAUGUCCAUGUAAUGUCAGAACUGAGACUGAAACUCAUCAGAUUAGUAUGGCGUGUCUCCCUCCGCCCUACAGUUUCUCAGUUUACUCUGUCACUGUUAUGAAGCUAACAGGACCUCCACAACUAUUAACAGCAACAAGAUGUGUCUGUGUCACCCCAGGGACUGAUUUUAAUCCAGUCAUCACAUGUUCGAACUGCAACCCAAUAAAUAUAAGUGCCAGUGUUAAUUUGCAGUUACAAUGUGAAGGUUGUCAGCAAAUGGUUUGGUACUUGGAGGACACAGACCCUGUAUCUGGUUUGCUAAGUUCCUGCUAUUCUAACAGGGGGCAGAAGCCACUGAUAAAGCAGAAGGAAGGUGACAGCUCUCUUACAGUUGAGAGCACAGUUCUGACUAAUGCACAGCAGAAUCUUACUGUAGUGGCUUAUGGUGUAAAGGAUGGCUUAUCUGGAUUUGUUCGAUUCACCAUUCCGAUCUUCAGUGCCUCCUCCACUGCGUGGCCUACAUCACUGUCUACCAGUCUAGCCUCAACAGGGCAUCCCACCUCAGAGACCACCCUGACCACAUCCAGUGCUCAUGUUAGUUCUCCCAUCACAGUUGCCACAUUGCCAUCUGUGUCUCCACAGGCCCAUCAAAGUCCACCAACUUGUAUCAUUAUACCCACUGUGGGGGACGUCCUCUCCCCUUUUAACAUCACAUGCACUGUGGCCACAUCAUUCUGCAAAGCUACACCGUGCACAUAUUGCUUCAGAACAUCCACAGGUGACUACUUGUACUGUGGCCAUGAGCCUGUGGUGGAGUCACUCUUCCUCCCAUUAGGAGCUGGCGAAAAUCACAUCCUGAUGGUGGCAAUUACUGUUGAGAAUGGCGCAGGGCAGAAGAUUAAGACUACUUUGUCCGCCCAGGUAAAUGGCGUUAGUACUGGGUCCACAGUGCAUGACUUGGAGAGUCUCGUGUCCGGGCAGGUAGACCAUCUGCAGCAGCAUGGGAAACUCAUGGGUCCUGCACUAGCACAGAUGUACCAGUCUGUGUCCAACAGACUGAAUGAGGGUUCAGCUGUAGGCCAAGAUCAAGCAGCCAAAAAGAAGCUACGAGAGCAGAUGCUGUUGGACCUGGGCACAACAAUGAAUGCUGGGCCCCCCAGGAACCCUUCAGAAGUGCAGAUUACUGCAGGUGCUGUUGUGGGGAUAACAAUGCAGGGAGAGGAGCUAACAUCCACAGCCCAGUUGCAGGCAGGUUUUCUUCUGCUAAAUCUCAGUAAGUCCCUGGCCACUCUCACACCUUCUGAGGGAGAUGAUGAAGAACUAAUGAUGCAUGCAGCCACACCCAUCAUACAAGCUGCUGGUAACAUCUUCAAGGUUUCUUCUGACACGGACCAGGAGGAAACGUUCUCCAAACAUCUACUGAACAUAGCAGACAAUGUGCAGAGUGCCUUGCUGUCUGGCAGAAGUGCAGACCGAGAGGCUAUUAUUGUUAGCACCCCUGAGAUCACCGUGUAUGUAAACAGAAUGUCACCAGGAGAACUCCAGAAACAGUCCAUCAGCACUGAGAACAGCAGCUCAGUCAGCUUCAUGCUUCCAGCUUUGCAGUCUGACAUGCUGCCUUUUGAGGGACCAGUGGACGUGAGGAUGUUAAGUUUUCGUCAGAAUCCCUUCUCAUGGAGCAAAGGUCCGCCUAUAAGUGGAACAGUGGGGUCUCUCUCUUUGACCAGUGAAAAUGGCUCAGUCAUCCCAGUGUCAGACCUGACUGAGGAAAUUGAGAUUCUCUUACCAAGAUCAGAGGUGGCAGAAGUAAACAGCACAUUUCUGGACUUGGGAAACUACAGUACUCUUGUCAUCAAUAUGACCUCACCCAACAUAUCUCUGGUCUUGAAAUUGGACCCCACAGAGGAGACACCUUUACAGUUACUCCUGGGAUUUCAGCACUACCCAAAUGACACCAACUACAAAGCCAAAAUGAAUCUCCCUCAACCAGGAAAUGCAUCAGAGGAGAGGUACACAUGGGUUCUGGGACACAGGGAAAUGGCACUAGAAGAAGGAGUUUACUAUCUUCUAGUGAGGCCAGUUGUUGGAGCAGGUGUGAACUCCUCAAAUGCUUCAGUGUUUGUCACAUCUAUCACUGCCCAGUGCUUGUACUGGGAUGAAACUAAGACCAACUGGAGUGACUACGGCUGCAGAGUUGGUCCUCGAACAACACUGACAGUCACUCAGUGCUUGUGCACCCACCUGACCUUUUUUGGGAGCUCUUUCUUUGUCAUGCCCAACCGGGUGGAUGUGACCCGCACAGCUCAGCUUUUUGCCACGUUUGUCAACAACCCUGUGGUGGUGUGUUUUGUUGGUGCCAUCUUCCUGGUCUAUCUUGCUGCAGUGGUAUGGGCACGAAAACAAGACAUCCAGGACACAGCCAAGGUGAAAGUAAUGGUGCUAGAAGACAAUGACCCUUUGGCUGAAUAUCGUUAUUUGGUGACCAUUUGCACGGGGCAUCGCCGGGGAGCUUCCACUUCCUCUCAGGUAGCAGUGACCCUACUUGGCUCUGAGGGAGAGAGUGAGCCUCAUCAUUUGACUGACCCAGACAAGCUGGUUUUUGAAAGGGGAGGUGUGGACAUGUUCCUCCUUACCACUCCUUUCUCUCUUGGAGAGCUCCAGAGCAUCAGGCUGUGGCAUGACAACUCUGGAAAACAUCCUUCUUGGUAUGUGAACAAGGUGAUGGUACAGGACCUGGAGACCGGACAGAAGUGGCACUUCUUGUGUAGUUCGUGGUUGGCCAUCGAUAUAGGAGAGUGCACACUGGACAAAGUGUUCCCUGCAGCAACAGAGAAGGACUUAAAAGGCUUUAGCAAUCUGUUCUUCAUGAAGACUGCAAAGGAUUUUCGAGAUGGUCACAUCUGGUACUCUGUGGUUAGCCGGCCCCCCAGUAGUAACUUCACUCGUGUGCAACGUGUUUCCUGCUGUUUCUCCCUGCUACUCUGCACCAUGCUGACUAGUAUCAUGUUCUGGGGUAUUCCCACUGACCCUUCUGAGCAGACCAUGGACCUGGGUAAGAUCGAAUUUACCUGGCAGCAGGUGAUGAUUGGCAUCCAAAGCUCCAUCAUCAUGUUCCCUAUCAACCUCCUCAUCGUGAGCAUCUUCAGAAAUGCCUGUCCAAGGGAACAAAAAUCAGAAAUGCACCCUAAGAUGGAAUCUAUUAAACAAGGAAAAACAGGUCGUGUGACACCGACUCAACCUCCAUCUCCAAAGAAUGAUCAUAGGGAGAUCACACCAGAUGCAGUAAUUAAGGAUAUCAAAAGGAUAGCUCAGUCACUCUCUAAAGCUUUGAGGAGCCCCAUGCCAAGGAUAGACUGUGGUAAAAUGGAUAUCAAUGCUCUGCUGUCACUGGUUGAAGAUAUAAUUCGGCAGCAAAAUCGCAUAGGCUGCGAGUUCUAUUUCAAUGACCCCAAAAAAGACCUUGCUGUCUCUUUGAGGGCUGUGAAUCUGCAAGAACGGAGUCCUGAACGAAUGCCAAAUGAUAAACACGGUGUCUACCAGCAGUAUCUCUACAAACAGCUCCAAAAUGUGGAAAAAGAACUGAGGCUACUGGGUCCUUCACGAUUCUCCAGUCCAGAGUGCUACAGUCAGGCCAUGCAGCAGGUUCAGGGUAUGAAGGGACUUCUAGAGCCCCACCUCUCCUCGAGCUCCAUGCGAGACCAGUUCGCUUGCAGCUCCAGCACGUCAGAGGACAGCAGAGGAUGCAGGAAGAGGUGCUGUCAGAAAGGCCUGCCCUGGUGGUUUGUGUUUGUGGGCUGGUUUCUUGUUGCAGCCACAAGUGGAGUGUCUGCUUACUUCACCAUGAUGUAUGGGCUGACUUAUGGGAAAGAUCGCUCCAUUAGCUGGCUCAUAUCUAUGGUUGUGUCUUUUUUUGAGAGCCUCUUCAUUACUCAGCCUAUAAAGGUGCUAGGAUUUGCUGUCUUCUUUGCUCUGGUGAUGAAAACAGUUGAUCAGGAAGAAUAUGGAGAGGUUCCAAUCGAUAGGACUUUUGCAAAUUCAGGUGAUCCUGAUGGCAUACACAUUGCCAGGAGGGACAGUGCAUGCAGCUUCUAUCAGCCCCCUCUCCCUUCUGAUAUUGAAAAGAUGAGGAACAACAUGAUCAAAGAACAAAAAGUCUUUGCAUUAUUUAGAGAGAUUCUCAUCUAUGUGGGGUUCCUGUGGAUAUUGCUGUUGGUAGCUUAUGGUCAGCGUGACCCAAAUGCUUACUUGCUCACUCGACACAUUCAACAGAGCUUCGGUAGUGGCAUCUCUCCUAGUAUGAGCUACAGAGAUGUGUUUACUUGGACAAACACCACACUGCUGAAAAAUCUCUUUGGACGACAACCAGGGUUCAUCACAGAUGGGAACUCGAAGCUGGUGGGCAGUGCUCGGCUCCGCCAGGUUAGAGUGCAGAAGGGCUCCUGCCAGGUUGCCAGCUCCAUGCGUAGCUCUGUUCCUGGUUGCAGUGCUCCAUACUCUUGGGAGGUGGAAGACAUGGGCUCCUAUGGCCCAGGCUGGAACCACUCCAUACAGAUCAAUGGGUCUGAGCGCUGGCUCACACCAUGGCAAUACCAAACCCAGUCUAUUCUCAGGGCUCAUCCUGUCUGGGGGAGUGCAGCUAUGUACAGAGGUGGAGGCUUUGUGGUUGAACUAGGCCCGUACCAGCAAAAUGCAAGCAGUUUGCUUCAGUACCUUUUUGAAAACACUUGGCUCGAUAUAUACACUCGUGCUAUUUUCGUGGAGUUCACAGUUUAUAAUGCCAAUGUCAACCUCUUCUGUAUUGUGACCCUCAUGCUUGAGACCACAGCAGUGGGAGCAUUCCAGUAUCACAGUGAGCUACAGAGCAUCCAUCUUUAUCAGUCCACAGGUGGUCUCCAUAUAUUCGUAAUGGCGUCUGAGGCUAUCUAUUGCCUUUUCAUCCUGUAUUACAUGGUUCAGCAGGGAAAGCUUAUGAAGAUACAGAAAUGGGGAUACCUCAGGAGCAAGUGGAACCUUUUGGAGCUGGCCAUCAUUAUUUUAAGCUGGAGUGCAUUGUCUGUUUUUAUCAAGAGGACACUGCUGGGCAACCGAGAUAUUGAGUACUAUCAAAACCACAAAGACCAGUAUGCUGGUUUCCAUGAAACUGCCAUCGCAGAUGCAGUUCUUGGAUACCUUAUAGCUUUUCUAGUUCUGCUGGCCACCAUCAAACUGUGGCACCUGCUGCGACUCAACCCCAAACUGAACAUGAUCACCGCUACUCUACGGCGAGCAUGGAACGACAUCUCUGGCUUUAUCGUGGUCAUAACAAUCAUGUUCCUGGCCUACUCCAUUGCCUGUAAUCUCAUGUACGGCUGGAAGCUGUACUCGUACAGAACUCUUCUCCAUGCUGCCCAGACCAUGGUCAGUUUACAGCUGGGGAUCUUUAACUAUGAUGAGGUUUUGGAUUAUAACCCUGUUCUUGGUGCAUUUGUCAUUGGCUCCUGUAUCAUUUUCAUGACAUUUGUGGUACUGAACCUCUUUAUAUCAGUCAUCCUGGUGGCAUUCAGUCAAGAGCAGUUGCACCACCAGCCAUCUGAAGAGGAGGAAAUUGUGGACUUGAUGCUGAUGAAGAUUUGUAACCUUUUUGGGAUUAAGGUCAAGAACAAACUGACAGACGAUAUUAAACCAAACCAUCUGGCAGCCUCAAACACACAACCUUCUGUCAUAUCUUAGGCAUAGGUUGGUUGCUUUACUGCAGAUUCAUACAGAUAAUGGAGGCUUUUAUGUGUUCUUUCUACCUUUGAAAAUGUUAGCAUUAUAAAUAUCUACAUGCAAAAUAGUACAAUUAGACCUAGAGGCUUGUGCUGCUUUUUAAUCACAUUCUUAUUGCAGCACACUGAACUGAAUAUUGUAGAUGCAUACCUCCACUACAAAGCCUCUAUAACAUUGUCUUUUGGAGCUUUCUGCAUGAAGUCAAAGUUGUGUUCACUGCUUGACAUCUGAGAUGUGCUUGAAUAAUAGUUAUGAAACUUGCAAACCUGUCUGGCGAAUCAAUGUUUUUC